AAGUACUCAGAGAACAGGUGGAAAUUACUAGUCAGGGAGGUGUGAUAGUUUGCAUAGAAAUGACAAAUGGAAGUAGAGAAAACUGGCUUGACUAUGUCAACAUGACAGCUUCUUGCAGCUCAUUCAGUGGACCAACAAAUCACACACAAUAGGGAGGCUUGGUCUGUGUCAGUGAACUGUAUCUAGAUUUUGGAGUAAAGCUAUCGUUGUGUAAGUACGAGUGAAUUACAUUCAUAUGUUGAAGUAACAUAGAGCUCAUGUUGAUUUUUUGUCAUUGAUUGUGUGGACAGCCUCUUGUUGCAGAGAUCUACUUACUAUCACUUCAUGUCAUAUCUAUGUGAACCUGAACUUCAACUUGUUCAAAUGUGAAAGUAUAAGUUUCUACAACACAUACACAAAAUGAGUCAUGAACAUGAUGUGUCAUACAAACGAAGCACCGGCUGAGCUCGCCCCACGAACACAGUAGGCCGCGGAGUACCUCGCUGCACCACUAGGCUGACCUUUGGCAUCGUCAUCGUGCCUUCUCGAAUAAGAGAAACGACACGACUACACUUAUGGAGCUUAAUCGGACGUCCUGGGUGUGAGGCAGGAAUCACGUUGAGGGACGGCGAAUGCUUGAUACGGGUACCAAGGGGUUUCGUGUUGCCACGAGAGAAGACUCUAGUACUCCAGUAUCAUGUCGCAGAAUGUGGUGGACGGAUUGAAAGAACUAUGCUCAGACAACUCAAUAAGACGAGAAUCUAGAAGGCGCAUUAGCACGGCACCCGAUUGAAAAUGUCACAAGCGGUUGUCGUUUGCAACCGGCGCUCAGUCUUGCACAAUUGGAAGCAUAGGCGAAGACGUCGGCGCAAGCAGAAUUGGGGCAGAGCUUGUAGAAGAAAAAGAAGAGUAAAGGCGGCUGCCGAAAUAGAGAAAGACUUUUUUUUAGCAGAAGAAACACUCGCACUUCGAAGACAAAGCAAAUUAUUUGGUCGAGAACCACGUAUCAACAUAGAAAUACCCUCCGUUAUUUUUACUAGUGGACAACAUAGAAGUAGAAGAAGACACGAAGAACAGAACAGAGCGGCAUCAAUACCUUUUCCCAGUACUCAUUACAGUAGUAGAAGUUUGAACGAUAGUGGACUGCGGAAACAAGACCGCAUAUUAGAUGACCCCGACAGAAGAUUCUCGAAUUUGGAUAUGCCAUGUCUCGACGAACCUGAACGGAGAAUAGAUGAAUCUGUUAUUCCGCGGACCCGCGAAGGCAAAAGCUCUUCGCCAUCGAACGAGGGCAGUAUAAAAAUAAUUCGCGACAGUAUGGAAAUGGGUAAAAAUCUGGAUGUGCAUCUUGAAGUCGAGGCUGGCAGCGCCGAUUGGACUAGCUCUAGCGUCGCACGACUUUUGACCAGGUGCAUGAAAACUCUUGGGAAAAGUAUUCCUGGUCUCUGCGCCUGCGUCUUGAGUUGUGUGCUUUCGCUUCUUCUCGUUAUUUUCAGACUAGUUGGGCUAUGCUGGUUGCAGCCGUUCCCUGAAAGGAAGUGUGACGUUGAUCAACGAAAGCGCAAAGAGAACACAAGAUUCAAAAAUCACGUGAUCAUGCUGUUGACUGGCAGAAUAAAAAGGCGGAAUGUGGGAGCCGCAACCUUGUUGUUCAUCUUGCCGCAGAUUGGCCUGGUUGUGGCUCAGCAGUACAGCUUUGCCAUGGACAAGGAGCGCGGCGGUCGAGAAGACUACGCUUUCAGGCCGCCAUUCACACCGAAGAUGCCUGGAGUCGGGGAGAUAGAAGCGCCAACCUUAGUUUACUCAGCGCCUGGCGAAAUUAAUCUGCUGGUAACCAAUCCCGAAUCUUUUCCAGCCUACGGAAGCGGCUACGAAGGAUGCCGCGUGCUGAUGGAUGACGGAGCUGGCGGGCCUCUGACCAGGGAGAUACUGCUAGGACAGUGCGAUCAACAAAUCAGCAUGAAGGAUUUAACGCCAGACGCGUACUAUCGAUUUCAGACAUUUGCGAUUUUACACACUGCCAAUGGAACGCUCGGGCCAGGAUCGAACGUUGUUGCCUUUCUUGCUUCAAGUGUGCCACGCUGGAGCGGGUAUGACCCGCUUUCCGGGGCAGCAAUAGUGCCCGACUCGCCCCCUUGGUGGUACAAGCCUGGGUCCGCGAUGUUCUCUGGGGGAGAAGACAAACUCCCGAAAAAACAAGUACCGAAGCUCUUGAAAUUUGGCAAGAACGAUUUGCGUGUAAGUUGGCCAUUGCCUUACGAUCUCGGUGGCACACCGUUGAUGGGCUUCGCCGUAAUCGAAGACAUAAACCGCGCUGACAAUUGGACAGUGGUGCACAACGCUACGACAACACCCGACGUACUCUCCAUCGACCGACGAGGCCUGGACCCAAUGAGCGUUUACUCAUACCAAGUCCAUGCAGUAAACAAGGUCGGCACCAGCAUGCCGAUUGAGUCGAGCAUUCGUCUUUACGACCUUCAAGGCGUCCCGGAAUCCUACGCACUGUCCUUACCUGAAACUGUGAUUAGCGGUAAAGAAUUCAACGUCCGACUCCAGGCGGUGAAGCCGGGAUCGACUACGGAGAAAGAAACGGAUUCCGACAUGCAUCGAGUGUUCAUCCUUAGCGUGCGCAAUGUGUGCGAGAAGGACCUGACAGGACAGCUGUGCAUCGGCGUAACCGAGUCUCAUCCCCACUACAGAACCGAUGACCUGCUGGAAGACGAUCUCUGCUGCAUCGAACCAAUUCCCAGAGGAAACGGCGUUUACGAUUUUUCUUUGACGCUUCACACGCAGGGAGUGUUUUCAAUACUGGUUCAGACGCUUGAGGUUGGUGGUCUUCUUGGGCAGUACUAUGAUAACCAGUGGCUGUACGGCGCGCCAAAGGGUACAACUAUUGACUAUUCCCGUCUACAACUUCCUUUAUGAUGAAAUAUGUACGCUGCUCCAGCUGGUACUAGCAACUGAGAGAUCUUCUUGGGCGUGGCUGUAGUGGAUCUUUCUAGUACAUCAAUCUCUGCCUAAAUUUUGAUUUUUGUUUUGGCUUAAUUCUGGCGCCUCAUCGCAUAUACCCACUUAGAAUGAAUACUCCGACCACACCAGACACGCGACACGAGGCACUAAUCGACUACACGUUUGGAGAGCGUGCAAUCGUUCAGAACGCAGCGGAUUCUGUGAGUGUGCGAUGGAGCGGUUAUUUGUUAGCGGAGCAUUCCGAACUUCACAGUUUUUUCGUAAUCGUGGACGACACGGCGCGGCUUACGGUGAACGGACAGCUCGUGUUUGACAAAUGGACCAGCAGGGCGAAUGGCGAGGAGGAAAUUGCUGGUCAUGUAGUGCUUGAAGCAGGGAAAUUUUUUCCAAUUUCGUUUGAGUUCAAGGAAAGAGACGGGCACGCCGCAGCACGCUUGUCAUAUGCUUCUUUCUCUAUGCCGCGACGCGUGAUUCCGCCAGAUCGCCUCUUUCGUGCCGACUUCGUGCAUGGUUUUCCGACCUACAUUAGCGUUAGUCAGGGACCCGCAAGCGGACUUCGCUCACAGCCAUACGGCGACGGCUUGCGUUUCGCAAUCUGUCAAGAGGAAACGCGUUUCUACAUUCAAGCAAAAGAUGCAGCUGGCAACAGAGUUCCGAGCGAGAAGGACGUGUUCACUGUCAAGUUCACGCUGUUGAAAACCACAAACGAGCUGAUGAUGGAUCCCUCGGCAGCAAGUGCCUCCGCAGAGUUGGCGUCGCCUGCGACGCCCCUUGUCUUGCGCGAGACGAGCUUGGCUGUCAAUCAGACGGCCCAAGAUGGGCUCUACGUGGUGUUUUACACCUUGCACGUGGCUGGCGAGUAUGCGGUCGAAAUUCGAGUUGGUGGGAACGAAGAAGCAGCCGGGCAACUCGUCGCUGGAUCGCCCUUUACACUUCUUGCGGCGUCCGGUGUCUUUGACCCUUCAAAAACAAUUGCCACGGGUGCUGGCGUUCACGAAUUUGUGACCAACUUUGAAAGCUCGUUUGUGGUGCACAUACGCGACGCCAGCAGUAACCCCGUGGACGAUGCGAGCUUCUACCUAGCGACAAGCUUGCAAUGGCUCGAACCCAUCGCGUGGAGUCCAGCGUUUGACACAGAAGAAGACUACGAUCUGCUGGAGGCGGAGUUUGGUUCUAGAUUCGAAGGCACUUUUGCUCCGAUCGUCGAGAAGGUUUCUCCCUCUGGUCCAGCAUCUACUUCACAGGUGACACAUUCUAGUUCCUCAAGUGCAUCGACAACGAAAGUCACGUCUUAUCAAGUCCGGUAUUUCGCUGCACGCGAGGGUAUCUAUGAAAUGACGGUAAAAGUGCAUGGUAGGGAAAUAGCCGGGAGCCCCUUUCGCGUGCGCGGCUACACGUCAACCGACGGGAGUCGAGAUUCCACGCAGGAGCGGCCAAUGGGCGGCAUGUGUCGAGUAGAGCGAAAUCAGCCGCCCACGACCUGGACGGUAGGAAACGAGCUUCGCCUUCUCGUACAGUUGCGGGACGGCUACGGAAACGUGCUUACGUCACCUGUUCCUAGCCCACUUCAUUUGCCGAAGAUCAAGGCUACUUCGCAACCAGCACGCUCCGAUAUGGACGAAGCAAUUUGCAGCACAUACAAGGGAUGCAACACGCCAGGCGGGCGUGGGUCCUGCAACGACCUGCGGGGCGUCUACGAGUGCGUGCUGACACCGACGUUUUCUAGUGGAGCCCGUGUGAUCAGUGUGACAGUGAACGGAACUGAAGUAUCACGCGUCGACAAGGUCGGUUUACUAAAUAAAACCCAGCGGGUGUAUGGGCCUUUUCCGAUUGCGCUGCAGACCGCGGCGAUUUCGCCCAAGAGCAGUCGUUUUCAAGUUGUGCCAGGGACCUACAAGGCAGGCGUGGCGCAGCGGAUCUUUCUGCUGUGGCAGGACAAAUUCGGAAAUUCCUUGUCCAACACGCCGCCAAACUUACCGUUUGUUGCAACUAUGGACGGCAAGCCGAUCAACUACAUCGACAACAAAAAUGGGAGCUUUUCGGUCGACGUUUACGCCGAGCGCGCGACGCUGAACGCUACCCUGUCCGUUACUGCGUACGGCGAGCACAUCAUGUUUUCGCCGAUGCAGGAUCUUCGCGUAGUGCCAACGAAAGAGGCUGCCAACGGCAGUAGCUGCAUUUUCCCGGAAAUUUUUCACGCGGGGGAGCCUACGACCGUGUCGUGCGAUGUCAAGGAUCGCUUUGGGAACUUGUUGGCGCGUUCAGGCUUUCUGCUCCGCGGGAGCGCGCGUAAGUUAGACGUUUUUCCAUUUGCAGAAACCAGCACCGCGGCUUUAGCAGCAAACGGCCUCGCACCAGCGGGUCUGGAACAGGCAGCCUUCUGGAACUUCGUGCAGAAGCAGUACUAUGUGAUUCUUAAGCUCCACGAACGCGGUCGCUAUUCCUUGAAAACAGAUCUGCUGACGCGUGGUGGUCUUGUAGCCCGAUACUACCGUGCACCGCAUUUCCAGAGCUUGGUGCGCACUGAUGCCUUGUUGACUCUGAACUCCGACACCUCUGACGCGCCUCAUCGAUUUGAUUUGGGGCACGUCUAUGAUGCAGCAGAUUACCACUCGCGUGUCGAUCCAGUGAUUGACUUUGUGUGGCGACAGAGUCCGAUACGCGGUGCGCCACCUGACUACUUUUCCGUCGUGUGGACAGGUCUGUUGCUGCCUUUAGCAACUGGCACCAGCACAAUUCGAGUGGAGACCGAUGGGCAAUGUGCAGUCAGCAUCGAUGGUCGAGAGGUGUUGAACACCUACGAGAAUCCUGGUAACAAAUCCGGUCUGGUCGACUUGACGCAGGACAGCUUUAUCCCAAUCGAGAUCCGGUACGAACACAGCAUCGGUACUGCCUACAUUCGUCUUUUUUGGUCCUCAACGGCUUAUCAGGAUAGUGUGAUCCCCACGGACGCUUUGCUUUAUCCGCAUUCCAUUUUCCGGAACCAGACUGUAGAAGUGCGACCCUCGGAGGCGAGUGCAGUGCGCUCUCUGGUAUGUGCACCCGCAGCGGAAAAGGGUAUGGACCAGUACCCAAGUGGAACCGUGACCAAGAUUCCUGAGCCAGCGCUGGUCCACGGCUCCGAGACCUGUUCCGUUCAGCUCAAGUUUGCGACGGCUGGCAUGGUGAACCUGGCGUAUCUGCAUACGAAAGACGUUUUCGGGAAUCUGCGGGAUGAAAUUUCGUUGCUUCCCAUUAUCGGGACGCUGGACACGCACCCAACGAAGACGGUGGUGCAAAUCCAGCGUCAUCCAACAAUCGGAGGCGUGUACGAGUUGCGUUUCAACCCUUUGUCGAGCGGUCCGAAUUUGCCUCUUCGCAUUCGCAUCAACGGUACCGAGUUGGCCUCAGUGCCCUUGGUAACUGUUCGCACAGGUGCCGUGUCGGCGAAGCACUGCGCGAUUGAAGGUCCAGGUCUGACGCAGGGGUCGACUGCUGGUGUGCCAGGUUUUUUCAAUGUAACUCUGCGUGACGUGAAUCGGGAUGUUGUGACAGAUGUUCCAGUGGAUUUCAAGGUUAACACCAGCCGCUCUGAGUUUCAUUGCGUAAAUUUGGGUCGUGGAAUUUUUUCUUGCUCGUACGAUAUUUCUCUCGCGAAGACCUACGACCUUUUCGUUUUUGUGAAUGGCGAGAAAACCGCGGACGAGCCAUUUUACAUACCGGUGAAGCCGCGUAUGCCUUUUGAUGCUGCGCUUGCCACGACUGGCGGGGACGCGGUGAAUGCUUCUAUGAUAUCACAUCCAGAUGCGGAGUACACGUUUGCAACGAGUUCGUUUCCACGCGAAGUCCAGCGUACCACGCCGAACAAGGUCGUCUUUGUGCCCAGAGACGAGCUGACGAAUCGCGUGAUGCUUGCGAAAGAUCUACGGAUGCUCGUCUGCGAAGCUGGAGAGAAGCCUCUAGAAGUGAAGAGUCUCGAAUCCACGCGUUCCUCCGCAACGGGAGAAGAAUUUUUCGAGGUGAACGUAUUUGUCGCGGUCACUCGCCCGGUAGGAGUUUACAAGAUCGAAUGUUUCGUAGUGCAGCGAGGCGGGCUGAACGCUGUUUACUACAACGAUUUUUUCCGCACUGGUGCGCCCUCUGCCACAGUGGUCGACAAGGCCAUCGACUUCGACUGGGGCACGGGACUUACCAGUGGCGAAGCGGAAAAUUUCGUUACGGCAUCGUGGAUGGGCUACCUUCGUGCUCCUGCAGUUGGUGAUUUCACCUUCUACAUCUCCUACAACGAUGAUGCGAAAAUUUGGAUUGACAGGGAACUAGUGUUCAACUCGGAUGCGGUGUCUGCUGAAGAGGAGAAUCUUGACGCGUUUGCAAAGUUGCAAGCAGAACUUUUUUCGGCGCAAGCGGGUGCCACAACAUACAGAUCACUAGUUACUGACGACGGAACGACCAUCCUGCUAGAUAAGUCUGGCCAGGAGACGACCGGGCAAAAUGCCAAUGAGGACGGUGUCGAGUCCGCAAUAGAUGCAAAUGCGAAUAAAUAUUUGGCAUCAAUGCAAGGCAUUAGCGAAGCCACCGCCCUUGACGCAGCGGCGCAUCGUACAGGGGAGACACGCUCACUUUCGUUCAAGCGGUACUUCUCGCAGAGUCGCGUAUACGAGAUUCAGGCCUACUUCCGCGAGCGCGCAGGGGCGGCGUUGUUGCGGUUAGAGUGGGAAUGCGGUGAGUGUGGUAUUCCGCGGCAGGUCGUACCGGAGCGUGCGCUCUACCACACGAAGCGAAGACUGCGGGAGUUCCCCUUGCCGCUGCUUGUAUGGGAUCGUCCAGGAGCACCCGAGGCUUUCUUCCGCGAUCGUCCAGUUGCGGGUGAGGUUGUUUUGCGUUGGGCACCGCCGAAGGAGGACGGCGGUGUGCCUUUGACAGAAUACCGGAUCUAUCGCCGAGUUGUCGGGCCAGCGCACGACGCUGAUGUCGUUGCGAGGACAACGCACUCGGCUGCGGGAGAGCAACUCGCUCUGCCUGCAAGCGGUCGUGAGCAGCUCGUCUUUGAGACUAGGGACGUCCACAAAGUUUUUUCCUGGACUGAGUCGGCGUCCUUAGACUCAGGAACCGUGUAUGCCUACACGUUUGUGUCACAGAAUCAAUACGGCUCUGCAUUUCCAACCGAAAUUUUUGUUCAGCCGUCGUCCCUUCCAGCACAGCCAGUUCCACCGUUGUUGCAGGCGGCAGCCGACGGCACGAUUACGCUUCUGUUGCAGCCUCCGACGAACACCGGAAAUUCCCCGAUACUCUACUACGAGCUUGCACGCUCUGAGGGCUUGCCAGGCCAAACACCGGACAUUUCGUUGCAGGGUGAUGUUCCUCGCGACGCGAGCUCGCCGCUGCUGACGGCGCUCUCGAAAAAUGUGACGUUGUACAAUCUUGUCGAAGGACAGACGUAUGAAGUGCAGGUGAAGUAUGCGACUCGUGUGGGCUGGUCGGCGUACUCCAAGAAACAACAAAUCUUGUGCUGCAGCUUCUUCCGACCGUUAGAUGCACCUGCGAACGUCCGCAGACACCCAUUUCUCGUCCAAAACAACGACACAGUCACGCUUACGUGGGAUGCGGUGGAAAACGGAGGAAGUACCCCAUUAACACAUUACCGCGUGUAUGAGAUGUCGAAAGACGACGCGUCUGGAAUAUUUUCGACAGAGGAAAUGUAUUACGAUACUCAAGAUGGUGAGACGUUGUUUCUUACAAUUGCGAAUCUCAACCCUGCUCGGUCUUACUUCUUCAGCGUUACUGCCGUGAACGCAGCUGGACCAGGUCCUCGCUCGGACCGAUUGACAGCGACUCCAGCACGGCAUAUGCAGCGGCCGCGCUGGUUUGAUUCGUAUCAUGACAGUGUUGUUUUGCAGUCUCCGAAGCGGAUACAUUUGCGUUGGCAGGCGCCUCUCGCGGACACUAGUCAGUCGGCAACGUCGCCAACCAACCGCGCGAAGGGUAUCAGUGGCUACAAAGUGUACGUGUACACUAUGCAAAGCGUCGAGCCCAGUAGUGCUUCGUCUAGUUCAGAAGAGUUGCGCCAGGCGACGCUGGCUAGGUUCGCCUUCGCCCCACGCGAUGCCGCAAAAGAGGACGCAACAGACGGUGUCAUUGGAGGGACUUUGAUUUGGAACGGCGUUGAACAGUCAUCUGUUUUGGACGUGACCUAUGAGCCGCCAGUUCCAGGAGCCUUCUACAGUUUCGUGGUCUAUGGCGUCAGCACUUCGGGACUCGGAGAUCCCACAGAGGCCGCGCUCACCGUGCAGGCUGCGGCAAAGCCGCUUAGCCCGGGAAAACCGGUCGCAGCACCGUACCAAACUACCCGUUCAAACGUUUUCCUACGAUGGGAUGCACCCUUUGACACGCGAGGAAGCAACAUUUACACGUAUCGCGUGGAGAGGUCGACGGACCACGGCGCCACGUGGCUCGACUUGACCGCCUUGGCCGCCUCUUCUGGCGAUAAAGAGGGUGCAGAUGUGACUAGCUCACCCACCCUGGAGGAAAGAGUCCCGAAUGAAAAGACAGCACAAGGCUACUUAAUCAACCGGUAUUGGAACGACGAUCACCAAAUCACACCCACGAGUUACUACACCUACCGUAUUCUGGCGCUCAACGAAGUGAUCACAGGGCCUGACUUGUACUCGCCGGAAACAACUCUGGUCGCGGCCAGUAUUCCUGAGACGCCGCGAAUAUGCGACGCUCGCGAACGCGCUGUCGAAGGUGUUUGCGAGCUCGCAGUGGCCGAAUCUUCUGAGAGUACCAUUCUCGUGGAGUUCACGGCGCCGCCGAGCGAAGUUGCUGUUGGCGGUUUCUAUCUCUACGUAAACAACAAUCUGGUGUGGGAUGGUAGCCGACAACUUCCCAUCUCACAUUACACUUUGCGUGGAUGUGCGGAGGGUCAGUACUACGACUUCCAACUGCAAGCAGUGUCUGAUGCCGGGCCCUCUAUGCGUUCUGAAAAGUUGACUCGACUCUGCGCGCAGCGACCCUACGCGCCGAGUGCGCCGUCCAUUCUGUUAAGGGGAGGCUAAAGGUGUUCCUAUUACCGUUCGUUUUGCCUUUCCGAAGGGGAAAGGCAUAACGAACGGGGUUAACGAACACCUAAAGCCUACCGCUAAUUCGGCGUGCCAGUCGUGACCAGCUAACGCUGCGCUGGGAACCGCCCGCCGACUCAGGUGGCCGCGAGGUCACUGGUUACAUCGUACAGCGAGCCACACUUGAAGAUCCCGACGCGACAUUUUCAACGAUCCCGUGUCUAGUCGGCAUCGAUUCGAUCGUCCAGCUUCCGCCAGAUCAGACUUCCUGUACCGAUGCUUUUGUGAAGCAAAACUGUGGACCGACAGCAAGCUGCAAAUACCGCGUUCUCGCGCUCAACGGUGUGGACAGCGUCAACCAUUUGACAGAUGCGUCUUCGGAGCGGGUUUUGCAGGCACUCGAUGUGCCGCGACCCCCGCCACCAUCGGAGAUCACGCGCGCAAUGGCUUGGUCACCGACAGUGAUUGAUCUGCAGUGGUCCGCAGUCGCCAACGCCACUGGCUAUCGCCUGUAUGCUAACUCAGGUCUGAACGAUAUUCCUCGCUUGAUCUACGAUGGAUUUGGGCGAUCGGUGGUGCGCACUUUCGCGCACUCACAGCUCAUCCCGGGUCGGCGCUACCGCUACCAGGUCACGGCGCUCAACACAGCGACGGAGUCAUACCGAUCUGAAAUCGUGGAGUUUCUCGCGGCGAUCGCACCAAAAGCACCCGGGGUUCCGCAGAUGCUGAACACAAGCGAAAAAAGCAUCUACGUGUCUUGGGACCCACCGUCUGACUUGGGUGGCGGAUUCAUCACCAAGUACACCAUCUACUACAACUCUGGAGUGGACGGCUCUCUUCUAAGCAACAAGAUAGAGAUUUGCAACGCGGGUGUCAGCCAGUGGCUUCUGGAGAACCUGCGGACCCCGCAGGGUGUGUACCAAAUUCAGAUUGAAGCACAUGGUCCGUGUCCAGGUGGGCACGCGAAACUACCUCCGCCCGUUUGUCCGACGGACGCUGAGGUGUGCCCUUCGCCCACGUCGCCAUUGUGUCCGGAUGUGAAUUACUGCACGCUUCCAAGCCCGCGCAGCCUGAUCGGGCGCUUCUUCACUUCUGCCAAGCCGAAUCCCGUGCAAAAUCUGAUCUUGCUGGUCGAGACUGCAACAAAGAGCGCGAUCACUGUCGGGUGGCGUGUGGACACGCCGCUGUCGAAGAUACCGCUUACUGAAUUUCUCAUGUACCGUGACGAUGGCUUGGGUGGAGACUACAUGCUAGUCGACCGGCUACCCAGCAGCUCAGCUCUUCGAAGCUCCGUGUCCACCUAUGAUGGGAACCAGUACGAGUUCGCGAAUUUAAUCACGGGCCGUGAGUACCACUUUUACUUGGAGGUAUGCAACAACGUUGGCUGCACAGCGAGCAACGUGUUGGGUCCAAAGACAGUUGCCAGUGUGCCACAGCAGCCGCCACGCCCCACGCUCUUCGAGUCCGUUGUUUUUCCCUCACCAUACAUCUCUGUGAAUCUUUUUUCGCCUGCAGACAACGGUGGCGUGCCGAUUCUUGGCAUCGAAAUCUACCGCGACGAUGGUGCCGCAGGUGCCUUCUUCCUUUGGCAGACAGUAGAUCAGAGCAUCACGCGAGUGACGGACACAAAUGUCUUAGUGGGAAAGACCUACCGAUACCGCACUGUUGUGCUGAACGCGGUCGGACCGUCGCCGAGUUCUGUGGUGGUCGAUUUCUUGGUCGCCUCAGCGCCAGAAAAAAUGGAUCCGCCAGAAAUGAUUCAGCAAUCCCGCGAUCUCAUCGCGGUGCGUUGGAACCCACCAGCUUCGAACGGCGGCAGCGACAUCAACGCAUUCACGCUUUACAGGUAAACACUUCUAGCUAACGUUGACGUCUGCUUGUUUCUUUAAUAAAAGCCACAUGCAAAUUUUGUGCUUAGAAUUCUCACUACUUAAGUGUUAUGUCACCAUCGUGAACAUCUUCCCAUCUUCCAUCCUAUGCAGAAAUGACGGGAUCGGUGGCCCAAUGGUGCCUGUGUUCAGUGGUGCGGCGCUCGAAUACACAAGCCGGCAGCUUAGCACCGGUUUGCGGUACCGCUUUCGGGUUACCGCAACAAAUCAGGCAGGAGAAAGUGAAUUGUCAGAUACCUCGGAAAUUCGUACAAUCCAGCUGCCAGGGCAAGUCGGGCGUCCGCAUCUAGUUGAUUCCGUGUGCUACGGCGGUUUGACUAAUAAGCAGCCAAACACAGCUCAAAUCCGGUUUCGAUGGACGCCGCCGAUUGACAACGGCGGUUGCGCUAUGGAGACGUUCCAGAUUCUGAAGGAUGACGUUGUUGCGCUCGAGGUGGACGCCACAACGACGUCUGCUCAGUUUGUAGGCUUGCAGUGUGCUUCGAGUCCGAAAUUCUCAAUCAAAGGGAAAAACUGCCUGGGAAUUUUUACUGGGGAGUCUGUCGGAUUGAAGCUCCCUAUUGCGUCGAUUCCAGCAAAGGUGAAGAACUUGCGGGCCAUUGCGGCGACCUCGAAGUCCCUGCGAUAUGAUUGGGACUCGCUGAAAACGGAGGACGAGAUCGGCAGCGUCGACCCGACCACCAUUCAAGGGUACGAGUUGUGGCUUGACGACGGCUUAGGCGGGCUCUUCACGCGCGUCUAUGACGGCUACUACAAGCCGACCACAACAACCUAUACCGCAGACAACCUCGUGGCCCGACGGACUUAUCGCGCCUACGUGACAGCAGUGACCGUGGCGGGGAAGGGAAAUCCCAGCGAUGUGCUCUACAAGGAUAUGAGCACGAUACCAGACCGUCCAGUGAACAUCAAUGUGGAGCCACAUGUUAGUGCCGUCACGGGCCAAAUCCAAGCGGAUGCCAUCGACCUGUCGUACAUGCCGCCUAUUUUUGAUGGCGGUAGUCCCGUAACAAAUUAUGUGGUGCAGUACGCAAUCGAGCCGGACUUCAACGUAUGGACACAGGUCGUGCCAAACCCAGACAACAGCGAGCUGCGAAUCGUUAUUUCCGGUCUACAGCCGAGCCGCACUUACCAGUUUCGUGUAGCUGCGGAAACGCAAGCUGGCGUUGGGGGCUGGAGUAAUAGGCGGCUCCAUACUGUCGGUGGGCCACCAACGGGCUCUGUCAGGACUCUGGGCGUCAGCAAGUCUACAGGUACUAGCAUCACAUGGGACUGGGAGUUGCUGGAUCCGGCUCUUCGUGGAGGAACUACUGUCACCGGCUACAAAUUGUACAUGGACCAAGGGAACGAGGAUCCAAGCCUGCUGCUUGUGUAUGACGGCACUGGAGCUCCGGCAAUUACGCAGUACACGGUUCACAAUGUAAGCUGUGGAAAGAGCUACCGCGCUCAGGUAUCAGCGCUUAACGUGAUCGGCGAAGGACCCAAAAGCAAUAUUUCGUCGGGCUUUGUGGCGGUGCGGCCUUCAGAACCUUUGGACUUCAACGUCACGCACGCUGGUCCUGGUGUGGUUCGUCUCGUUUGGAAAGAGCCUGUGCAGCUCGGCUGCGCACCGCUGCAGCAAUAUCGAAUCGAGCGUUAAGGGUAGGUUAAAGGUGCUUUUGUUACCGCUUGUUAUGGCUCUCCUAAGGGGGACAGCCAUAACAAGCGGGAUAAACGAACACCAAAAGCCUACCUCUAAGAGCGCUCCGCUGCGAAUGAGGGAGAGUACAAGGAGUUGGCAGUUCUGCGAGCUGACUUUAGAGUGUACGACGACGAAACUUUGCAACUUGGUGAACAGUACACUUACCGCAUGCACGCGCGCAAUAACAUCCUUGAGGCCUAUGGCGCUUAUUCACACGAAGUUACGGUCGUUGGGGCAACUCUACCAGGCAUGCCGACGAACGUGGCCUUGUCGUAUCCAGCGGGAUUGAAACCGAAGCCACUCCUAGAUGCAGAGAUCCCAGCAUUCGCAUUUGAGUUUUCUUCGCAGUUAGUCGUGAAAUGGGAAUCCCCCACAAUUGAUGCUGCGACUGAGUUGCCGCUGACGGAGUUUCGUGUCCAGGUCGACGAUGGCAAUGGUGGGCCGUUUUUUACCGCCGCCGCCGUAGAUGUGCACGGUACUGCUGCUGAAAUAAGUGAGAAGGCGUUUCAAGCCGUAAUCGGCGGCGCGCGUGGUGGGCCCGGAGGUGAAGUCGUUGCACUCAAGCCGGGAAGUUACUACCGUGUGCGGGUCGCGGCGGUCAAUAAGGUCGGCCUUGGUGCCUACUCUGAGCCCAUCGUGAAGAUGGCUACUAGCGUGCCUGCUCCUGUGGAGAAAGCUGUCGUAUCUCGCGUGCAGCCAGAAAUGCUGCAGAUCGAUUGGACAGCACCGGUUGAUCUAACUGGCGGUCGUGCAGUGCGCGGGUACAAAGUAUUUUGCUCUGAGACCUGCGAGAAGUACGAUGGAGCUGCUACUAGUGCAGUGAUUAGCUGCGUUGCUGGAGAGUCGUUCACUCUAUAUGUUGGAGCACGCAGUGACCGAGGCUUCGGGCCCUUCACGAAAAUGGAUCCUGUUGCAUGUGGAGCUCCAUCGCUUGCGCCAAGUGGGCUCAGUUUGUUCUUUCGAGGCGUUGCGCUGGAUGCUCUCUACAGCACAGAUGUGCGGACACCCUCUGCUCUUACCUUGAAAUGGACGGCACCCAAGUUUUCAGGCGGCUCCCCGGUGCUGCUGUACAAUCUUUACAGCGACUGUGCAGGCAUCGCGUCGAAGGGGAGUCGCUUUUUCGAGGUGCUCUACUACGGUCCAGAAACGCAGUAUGAGCACGUAGGCGUGAGCCUCGGAAAAAGUUGCAAGUACUACGUGAGCGCAACCACGGAAGUUGGGGAGGGUGCCCGUUCUCCCAUCUUCGAUUCCGGUCAACACCAAGCGCCACCUAGUGCGCUCACGGUAGCGCCUGAAGUCGCUAAGUUUACGGAGGCGCGUGCGGUUGUGGAAUGGACGGCAUCUCAAGACCAAGCCGUGACUGCGUAUCGUGUCUAUCGCGACACGGAACUGAUUUUCCCGCUUUCGAACGCUUUCACCACCCAGCCCGUGGUAAGCUCGAUUUUCCAGCACAGCAUCAGCGUUACCUUUGCACUGAAAGAGGCAGGUCGUGUAUGGGGUGGGGUUUUUCGCGAUGUCGAAGAAGAAUAUUCAUCUUUGCUCUUCAAGAACCUCGAAUCGACACCCGAGUUGGCAUCAGAGCUUGCGUUCAACGGCGAUAUCAAGCUGGUUGGCUCUCUGAGCAGCUGCGCUCGGGUCGGCGCGAACAGUGAAGUAGUUCCCGUAGGGGGUGUCUCGACAACGCUUAUUUGGCACGGAUGUUUCCUGGACGGACCAGCAACGUAUCGCGUCGUGCUCUAUGCGGAGGGACGCAACUCAUUUGAGAAUGAUGGCGUCCUGUCAUCGCCAGCAAUGUUUUCGGUCGCUACAGCGAGCAACGAUUACAUGAUGGUCGGUGGUCCUGUUCUCUCUCUUCCCGAGGUGGCGAUUGCCAGCACUGGCACAAUAACAGUUGAACUAGAACCGACAGCAAUGGCAGGACGUGCGUGGGUGGGUGUCUUUGAUCAAACAGCGGCCCCGCCUACGUUGAGUGAGCUCCAGACGGCUACCUGCGGCGCUAGCAACCAGUUCGUUGCAGGCUUGCAGUCGGGUGGUUUGACAGUUUCUUUCACCUGCGGUGCGGGCGUGUUACUUGGCGACCGAAGUUACGACGUGUUCGUCUAUGUUGAGGACAGUGGGAAAACCGCUGGCACUGGUACCAUGGCUAAAGUUUCGACGCCCUUGCAGAUUUUGCCGUCCAACACCUUCGCAACAUCGCCGUCUGUCGCAGUGGCAACACCGGACUUGAGCUCUAAUGCGUUGUCAUUGACCUUUGCCGCCACGUCAACCGGUACGGCCUACUUCGUAGUGGUAGCCUCCCCUGCGGACACUACGUCACUAACGGUAGCAGAGUUGAAACGGAACGUGAAGGCUGGCAACUGCACGGAUGGAGUCUCGCUCGUAUGUGCUGGCUCAGCUGCGAUAUCAACAGCCAAUAGCGCCACUGCUGCGAGUCUAAUGGGGUGCGCGCUGGCAGAGUUAUCUCGCUACUCGGUUCUUGGCUACGUCGAAGAUUCUGCUGGUGCUGAUGAUGGAGCCCGGGUGUCAGUUGUGAAGUUUAAGACGGGAAAGUUCUCGGCCAUUUCUAGUAACAACUUCACGGUAGCACCGAUGCUAGUUACGUCUCCGGCUGCGAUUCUUGUGACGCAGCAGCUCGCUGUGUCAUUCACGGCCGUGACCUCAGGCUUCGCUUGGGUGACUCUAGUUGACGCAGAUGAGGCGCACUGUGUCACGGCCAAUGUUCUGAAAGAAGGUGCUUAUGCUGGUGUCCUGUGCGCAAAUAGCUCAGUAGCGAUUUCUGGUGGCAGUGUUGAGACGGUGGAACUUAUCAAUUGCACGAAUACAGCUCUGGUUGGACUCAAAAACUAUUCUUUGCUGGUGUACGUCGAGGGCGCCUCUCCGUCUGCAGAGCUCGACGGUGCUUUGGCGGAGGCAGUUACUUUUGAAACUCCCUUGUCCAAUAGCUUCACACCAGGCAGCAGCCCUGCUGUGAGUCUUGUCGGUACUGUGUGGACUGCGACAGUAAGUACUGUUAGUAGCGGGUUUGUGUGGGGCGUCAUUGUGCAUAAGGAUCUCAAGCGACAGAUGACCGGCGAGCGUGUGCGGGCGGGGACGUUCGGCGUAAGUGGUGGGGGAUGCCGAGUUGAGAGGCAGAGCGUUGCUGGUGGCGUAAGCACCACGGUCCCCUUUACAGGUUGUACCUUACCGCGGGGACGCGAGUACGAGGCGUAUUUCUACGCUGAGGGACUCGUUAGCAGUGAUGGCGCUUCUGACGCUGCAAAGGGUGAUGGAUCUGUGUCAACAUCUGCUCCGUUAGCGUAUUCGAGAUUCAGCAACACACUCUUGGACUUAGCAGAGGUCUACGCAGAACCUCACCUGGGUGGUCCUGCCAGUACCAUAAAUUUUCGAAAGAGCAAGCUCACUGUGCACAUGACAAGCACGCCAACGUACGGUGGCGCGAUGGCCUUCGCGGUAAGGGCAAGCCAGAAUGGCAAGCUCUGGGCCACGUUCGAGAGUAGUGUUGUCUACAACUCUGGCGCGCCGCAUCACUCGGCAGGCCACUUUUUCCCGAAAUUUGCACCGGCUUCAGAUCCUUGCAGUAUCCGCUCUGCACCGCUAGUGGCAGGAUCUAUGCUCGAAUUCUCAACGUCCAGCGGUUGUCCACCAGUGCCAGGCGGUGUGAGUGACCCUGUUGAACCGUACGUGCUGCAUGUUUAUGUGGAAGACAAUGCGGGGCUCAACGACGGUGUCCACUACCACCUUGACAACAUCCCGAUUCAGAACAGUUCGGUUCCACAUUACACACGCGCGCCGUACAUCGUCGACGGCCUUGGCUCAACGACGCCUGGAGUCGUAACCUCAGAUGGCGCAACGGUUGCAUUCGAAAUGUCGAAUCCAUCGGCUGCCUUUAACGCGACUGGUAGUCCAGCAACCGCCCGCGGCGUUUUGGUUGAGUCUUCAUUACUGUCUCAACUGCAGAAAGGCUAUGACAAGAAGAUCUCGAGUUCUGACAAGAAUCAGUACGAGUGUUGCCCGGCGGAUUUUUCCACUCUGAGUCCUUCGACUGGGGUUCGUUGCUCCUUUGACGGUGUGCACCUGACCUCGACAAGUGUCAAUGCGACUGCUACCUUUUCGGGGUGCAAUCUCACAGCUGGCGUAGUCUACUACAUCGCUGUCUGCGCAGAUGGGGUGCAGCACUCGCCAAUGGCAGUGUCGGUUCCAGCUUCGAACACUCUGAGUGCUUUCCAUCUGACUGCUGAGCCCACAACGUCUGGCGUGUCCACCAUUGUGAUUGCAGCGAAAAGCGGAACGGUAUACGCCAAUGUGUUUGCUCUUAGCACCUUGUCACGCAAAGGCGUCCCUCCCACCGAUGAUUCGAGUAGCACGGCUUACAUGAGAAGUGCGUCCACCUCUUCGAUGGGCCAUAUCGAUCUGACUAUGCAGCGAAAAAAGAUGCCUGUGUCUGCGAUUAUGUCAGACGGCCUUUGCUCCGUUGCUGCAGUCGCUGUUACAGGUGGCGCCGCAACUGCAGUGGCAAUUUCAGGGUGCACGCUCGCAGAAAAUACAGCUUACGCAUUGGUUUGGUACGCAGAGACCGGUGCUGCUGGUUCGCCGAUCGGUGAUGGUGCGCAGUAUAUAAUUGUGGACUUGCGCAUUCCCCUCACUGCUACGGCUGUAACCCCUGCAGCAGCUGCAAACGCCACGUCGAACGCGUUCGACACUACACCCCUGUUGGCGGGCGCAAUCACUGAAGAUGGGACGCUAGUGGAAUUUCAACCACGCAAUGGGGGACGCGCCUGGAUUGGCGUCGCGCCCUACGACGCGGAUGUUGACGGGACAGACAUUGCAGCAUUGAAAUCGCAGAUCGGCACCGGCAGCGGCUCUUUUGCUCAGCAGGGUACGAAUGCUUGUCGGCACACUGGAGCUGAUAUUCCGGGAGGGUACGAGUCUUUCCGACUGUCCACGUGCAACCUGCAGCGGGGGUUCACGUAUGAGCUGUUUGUUUACGUAGAAGACUACAGCGCCAUGAACGAUGGCGUGCUCCACCGACAAAAUAUCUCGUACAGCAGCAGCACCCACUACUUUUUCUACGUGAGUCCCACGUUUGCGGGUAUUUCGAAAAAUGGUUUAGAAGUUUCGCUGGCUGUUAGUGGCGGCGCACUGUGGACAGCCGUUGUGUCCCCGAACGACGCAGCGGAAAUCGCUAGUGAUGCGGCAAAGCUGAAGCGCGGAGAGAAGAGUCGUGGAGGCUCCGGUUGCAAGAUCGCCAACCAAGCUCUCGCUUCCCGCGCCCUCGUUCAAAAGAAUUACACGGAUUGCAGGCUAGCCGAAGGAGGAAGCUACAGGUUUCUUGCGUAUGUGGAGGGAGACACCGGUGGUUCCGUUGCGAAUGUUCCCUUCACCGUGCCAGUGGUCGAGACUCAUACACCGUCAUCUUCCAACUCGCUUCUUUACAUCGAUGAAGGGCUAGUCAACUCCAUUCCGGGACCGCGAUCAAGACAUUACUACCAGAUUCGACCUGUUAGUGCGGUAGGUGUUGGGCCCGCAAGCGCAAAAUCCAAACGAAUCCGCUUGGCCUCCCGACCUGCGACGCCUCAUGCUCCUCUGUUUUCUUCUUUCACAGCCUCGGAGGAUGCAGUGACGCUGGCUGUCGCACCGGCGUAUACCAGCAAUUUUGCCAUCAACUCAUAUGUUCUGUACAAGCAGGACCAUUACGCGGUUAGCAUCGAUAGUAUUCAAGCUUUUCCAGGCCGAAACUUCCAUGUGUGCUACAACGACAGCACAACGCUGAUCACCAUACGAAAUUUGCCCACACAUUCCACGAAUUCGUCGAACGUUUUCCGAUUUGGCGUGGCAGUGCGUACAGAUAUGGGACUUUCGGAUAUGUCAUUGCCUGUGUCCGUGACUGUGUGUCCAUUACCAGCGGUUCCGCAGAAUCUCACCCUGGUGACGGCCUCUGAAACAGAAGUAACAUUCUCGUGGACUGCUGGACCGGACAGAGGAAAUGCCACUGCUUGUCCUUUCAAGGGCUACAUUAUCUCAGUCAACGGAACCGAUGUUGCGGAGUAUGGGGUGGGCGACCUGAGCGAGCUGAGGCACUCAUUGUCGAAGGUCAAAGCGCGUGAAACUUACCUGAUCACUAUAAGGAGCAAAGCGCAGGGCGGCCAGUCCGUAGCCUCUUCGCCUUUGCGAGUUCUAGCUGAAGCUACUCAAGGCAAGAUGGAAGCGCCGACAAUAGUGGCGUCCAGUGAGCGUGGUAUCCGCAUAAAGUGGCAGCCUGUUUACAUCUACGGCACGUAUCGCGUCGAGGAUGAUAUCCUCUUUUAUCGCAUCCAUUAUCGCGAGAAUUACUUCCAAAGCCCGGUAAGCAGAUACGAUACGCCCUACAUUGCAUUGAGUGCCACCAGUAGCGGCACUGCUUCCUCGAGUGUGAACAGUUCGAACUCGUCCGCCCGCAUGCUGCGACAGCUGGUUCAAACCGUCAAUGUAUACGAUGAUGACGAUGAUGGCGUGACGGACUUCCGAAAAGCCGUACCUAUGCCGCCUCCGAUCGACUAUUCACAGCCGCCAGCUACCUCAGAGCUCUUCUUCAGCACUGCACAGGCCGAUCGUUAUGUAACCGAGCUCGGCGCCCAAGUGGAGAGCCCGCUUUACCUCCCGCCGGGACAGAAUACGUGUUUUUCCAUUGCUGCGGUGAACCGCGCCUUUUUCCUCAACGGGGAUCAGCGGUCCUUGGUCUUUUCUGGGGAGGUGUGUGCUUGGACGGCGUCCUUACCAGAUCCUCCUCCCGUGAUCGCCUUCGAGGGCGUGCAGAAGGGUAACAUUCGGGUGCACUGGCAGCCGGCGCUGCGCGAUCCGGGCGCGCCCGUCUACAUGUACGAGCUGUGGAUGCGGCCCAACGUUCCUGCGAAUGGUUGGGGAUACGGUGUUGGCAAAUGGAACAUGCUCUCCACUAAGACAGAGGCCGAGUUAGAUCACUACAUAGAGAAGUGUAAAACUGGCGAAUCGUACUUCUUCAAGGUAAGAGCGAAAAAUCUUGUGGGCUUUGGCGAUUACUCCAAAGAGUUUUUAGGACGUUGCGCAAUGCCGCCAGACAAGCCGUUGGCGCCUAUCCGCACAAAUAGCUCGCGACGGACCAUCGAGGUUUCGUUUUUCGCUCCGCACGAUAACGGUGCGCCUAUUACGCGGUAUCGACUGUUCCAGGCAACUUCGGACAGCCACGUCUUCAACGAAAUCGCGUCUGACUAUUUCAAGCCCUACCUCCGUGUCCCGGUGUUGAACUACACCUCCGUCACUGUUAUUGUUGGCACCUACUACCGCUUUAAGGUGCAGGCGGAAAAUGAAAUGGGCCCGUCUGUUCAGUCGGACGAGCAAGUAGUUUUGUGCGCAGCAGAGCCCGGACCUGUGCGCAAUGUCUCGAUUGCGCGUAGCGAACGGUCUGGAACGCGAAUAUCGUGGUUACCCCCACUGGACGACGGCGGUGACGAGAUCGUGCGCUAUGUGCUGUAUUACAACGAAAUCGACCACCCAGGCAAGGACGGUCAGAAGGGUGGUCUUCCUCGCAUCGCCUGGAGUGGGAGAGACACGCAGACAGACUUCCUAGCCUUCAGUCAGGGCAUGCGCUACCGCUUCAAAAUCGUCGCACACAGUACGAUGAGCCUCUCGAUGAAUUUGCAGGGUCCGGAUUUCCAAGCAGAUGGAACGGAAAACACGUACGUUUGGGGGAGUUCGCUUCCGCCGGGCCCGCCUGGCCUUAGCAUCUACGAGACAGGAGUUUCAAACGUGACGUUUCAUUUUCAGAGGCCGCUGGACGACGGCGGAGAUCAUCAGCUCUCGUACAAUCUGUAUGCUGAUGAUGGGAUGGGAGGAGACGUCACUCGCGUUUGCCAGACACACACUCAGUAUUGCUCAGUGUCACACCUCGCGAUGGGGCGUCUAUACCGGCUAGAGGGGAAGACCGUGAAUGCGUACGGCGAAGGUGAGGCUGCAAGCAUCAACGCGUUCAUCUGUGAGCGCCCGACCCCUCCGCGCGACUUCAGGAUUGUGAAUCGCAGCGAAACUGGCACUACAUUCGCGUGGCGCAAGGCACAGAUCAUUACAACGUGUCCGAUUUACGGUUAUGCCAUAUACGCUGGUCGCACAGCGGACAAGAUUGAUCAGCUGAUCGGAAAAACAGAGGGUGGAGAAGACGACAUCGGUCCGUUUACGUACCAACAUGAGUAUUUAAAUGAGUAUCGAUACUACGCAGUUGCAGCCGAGUCGUGGCUGACACAAAACUCGCCUUGGAUUUUCGGAGAGUUCUCAUCUCCGAUUCUAGUUGCUCUGACAGCAGGACAGCCCUCACCGGCGCGCAAUCUCACGCUGGUCCAAGUGAACGACGCAGUUCCCAACACGAUAAAUCUGCUGAACCCCGCGGACUAUCUCCUAUCCUCCGUCACACUUUCGUGGAUAGCGCCCGCAAGUGACGGGGGUGCACCCAUUACCGAAUACUGGGUGUAUCGGGACGACGGCCACCGCAGUGAACAAGUGGGCUUCGUGAAUGCGAUGGGUCCCGGCGACGUGGUCACCACAACUACGGUGACCGUCACUGGGCUUCGGUACGGAUGGACUUACCGCUUUCAAGUGGCAGGCAUCAAUCGAGUGAUAACAGAAAAUCCGUUGAACGAUGCCGGAACGCCUCGAUUUUCUCCAACGCUUAACGUUGUCGUCGCGAAAGCGCCGCAGCCACCGGCAACGCCUCGAGCAAACAACGCGACACGCGGUGUUGCUGGCGUCGCAAUAGUUUGGGACCCGGUGACCGGCAUCGACACAGGCGGUCGUCCGAUACUUGGUUAUCGACUGUAUCGGGACGCGGGAGGUUCUGGCAACAUCGAUCGCCUCGUAUUUGACGGAGUCAAGAAACCAGAUGUGCUUAGCUUUCAAGUUUCGGACCUGCAGCCGGGACUGCCAUACGGUUUUGCCGUGACUGCAGUGAACGCGUAUGGAGAAUCGGCGCAAUCGCGGAAACUGUACCUUACAGCCGGCGACACAGGUACCUUUCCGACGGCUGUUGUGCGAGACCCGCAUCGGACGUCAGACGCGACAAGCAUCCAUCUUCGAUGGAAUCCUGCGGAACAAGACCUAUCGUAUGAUACUUCAAAGGCCGGCGGUCUGGAGUACCGCGUGUGGCGGGAGCGCGACGAUGGUCAGAACGCAUUGCUCGGUGACUUUAUUUUGGCUGGAGACACCUUCGACACGAAUAUGACGAUCACUGGCUUAACCGCAUCGCGCUUCUACAAAUUCUACGUGCAAGCGUACAAUGCGGCGGUGGGAUGGGGACGCGCUAGCCGCAUGUACGAGACGCAGAUGUGCGCACGGCCGCAACCGCCAGCGACGUUUGAGGCGCGCGAUUUCACGGACAACGGCGUGCUUCUGUACUGGACGGCUCCAUCAGAUGGGGGCUGCAAUGAUGCGCGCAUCACAGGUUUUGAAUUGUACCAGAAACGCCUAAUCGAGGACAAGCAUGAAGACCAGUACCACUUGAUCGUCGACGCGGACCGGACGAUCACGCGAAAACGUAUAGUGGAACUGCAGCAAGGCAUCACAUACCUAUUCAAAGUGCGGGCAAAAAACUACGACCAAAUAUCGGAAUUCUCCCAGCCACUGACGAUAACCAUUGCCUCAGUCCCACAUGCGCCCUUGCCGCCAUUGUAUACCGGUGGAUCGCCGACCUCAAUCGUGCUAAAUUGGGGCGAGGCCUACAGCAAUCUUCCAGUUCUGGAGUAUGAGCUUCUUGGUGACGACGAAGUGCAGGACGAAAACACCAUUGUUUUGUACUCGGGACUUGCGCGAACGUUUACGCAUAGCGGACUCACACCGGGUAGGAGCUACUCCUACUACCUUCGUGCGCGAAAUGCGAACGGGUUCGGAGCGCUAUCUGGGGUCGCAACGUGGAUGGCUUCGAACAUUCCAUCGACGCCUACAGAUUUGCAGUACUAUAAGAGCGAGAAAAUAGCGAGCGUCGCUGCGGUUAGGGCCCAACGAGCGGGGACAACAUCCAGUAGUCGUCUGAACGUUUCCUUCGAGGGACAGUUUACGGAUCGACAGGCCAAGCCGCAAGUUCGAUUCUUUGUGUCAUGGCGGUAUACGCCAGCGUCACCCUCGACUGCAUCUACGGAUGCGCCUGUGCAACGGUAUGAGCUAGAAUGGCGUGAUGUCAGCGCACUGACGCCGAUGACGAAGACGAUGAAUGGUGAGACGUCGAACACACACUUAGUGAAGCUGAAUGCAGGGCGGCGAUACGGUGGGCCGGAAGGUACGUUGCUCGCCGGCAGCAUUAUUGUGGUUCGUGUGCGUGCAUGCAACGUGAACAUCUGCGGGUUGUGGACUCCAAGUCGUCACUAUGUAGUAGGUGGGCGGGCCGAGAAGCCGGCAAGUCUGGAAUGGGUCGAUAGCAGCUUCGACUUCAUCCGGCUGCGUUGGAGUUCUAAAGGACGUGACGACGGUGGCAUGACGAUUACCAACUACGCGAUAUAUGCGCGUGACGACACGCAGGGCUUCGUGUUGGCCGGUCUAGACACCGGUAUUAUAUCGCUUACGGGAAAUCCGAGUGGCAGCGCUCUGUCGGUUGCUGGAUACACUGGGGGCCCUAGCACGACUUUCAAGUACGUGUGUCCUUACGCGAAUGCCGUGAUCACCUUUCAAGUGGCGGCCAUGAACAGUGUUGGCGAGGAUCCACUGACUAGUACUGGACAUUUUUCUGACCCGGUGACGUUAAUCUGCGCGGGCGUUCCCGAAACGCCGCCAACGCCGGUUCUGAACGGUGUGGGCACUGGUAUUGCCGUGAACUUGUACCUGCCUUCUGCUGACCAGCUGCGCAACGUGACACACACAGGCUGGAAUAUCCAUUUGGACAAUGAGGACGACCGCAACGACCUUUUUCAGCUGAUAAGAUUACGAGGGCCGCGGACUGCUGAUUCGAAGUACAGCAUCACCACGGCGGGACUGCGUGAAGGGGCUGGCGUGUUUCUUCCCAAUCCAGGAGUUGUGGAAACCAUCACCGUGGGCGACGCGUAUCGAGCGAAACUGCAGCUGUGCAGUGUAGUCGGUUGUAGCCCUAAGUCGAACAUUUCGGCGUCCGUGCACGCUGCAGGGCUUCCAUCGGCACCAAGGAACGUGCGUCUGACAAAUUCUACUGACAACUCGCUGACCAUCGUCUGGGACGCGCCAUUUUCGAAUGGGGGAACGAUUCUGACCCAGUACGUGAUCACAAUCCGUAACUCGACCGGCUUCAGUGUUGUUCGACCGCAUCCGAGCAUAGAUUACCGCGAGCUAACGCAAAUUUGCAAUCAGGACUCUCUAAACGCCGAGCGCGACUACCUCUAUUUUGAUGUGCGUGCAGAGAACAGUAUCGGACCGGGACCAACGGAAGAGAACUUUUUCAGGCGCUGUAGUGCUCCACCUGACACGCCUUUGGCUCCGACGAAGACUGGCGCAACUGCGUAUUCAAUCGAUUUGGCUUGGGUGAAGCCAGACUUGCACGGGGCAAUUCAUGUGAGCACGAUCUUGUACCAGGAUGAUGGUGCAGGGCGCGCGUUCACUGCAACGACAAUUACAGACACGACCGCUACGACGUUCAUAGCAGAGAACCUAAUUAGCGGUAAUAUCUAUCGCUUUAAGCUGCAGUUUCUGACGGAGGUAGGCACAAGUCCGGAGUCUCCUAUCCUGUCGGCGUACGCCGCGACGACGCCGCCUGCACCAGAGCUCUUCUUGGACCGUACGGGCCUUUUCGCCGUGAACGAGACCGUCGAGGCAGCACUCGCGGGAACUAAUCAGACAGUCCCUACGGCUAUGGGCAUCUCGCUUUUGAGCACUUUUCCGCCAUCCACUGGCGGAUCACCGCUGACGCUUUUCGAACUGUUUGAGUCUGAUACAACGACCUUCAACUACGCCGCGGGCCCAAUCUACAACUUGACGGAAGAAGAGUUAGGCAACCCGCUCAAUCACACGGCGACGGCAGGGAUCGGCUUUAUUCGGCGCAACUGCAAUCUGGCGCAGGUCUACUUCUUCCAGACGCGCUUCUCGAACAAUGCAGGCGCAGGCGCGGUGUCGAACCGUAUGCGCGUGAGGUGUAGCAUCGCCCCGAACACACCUGCUGCACCAACGCGAAUAAGCUCCACCCGUGGCAGUGUCGAAAUUGGCUACACUUCUGGAACGCCGGAAGACCUGAAUGGCGGUACGCUGCAAGGUUACAUUCUGCACAUCGACGAUGGUAACGGCGGGCCAUUUGUGCAAGUGCAAGUGGACGAUGCUUCGCAAACCAAGUUCAAUUUCACUAACUUGCUGGUCGGUGUUUCAUACCGGUUCAAGGUGCAAAUUCUGUCAGAUGCGGGUCAGUCCCAGGAAUCAAGCACUUCAAGCUUUUUCAGUAGUGCGAAGGCAGAUCCACUGCGGGGCGACGCUGUCGUCGUGAAAUCCAGCUCGUUUUCGGAGAUCGUCCUGCAGUGGACCGUGCGCGAGGGCUUCGACACCGGUGGCGGCGCCAUCUUUUACUGGGAGGUGUAUGUCACGCCCGACCAUUCACAAGGCGGCUACCAUCCGACGCUCGCGUCGAUCCUAACACGAGACGUGAAUCAGAAGGAGGUCACUUUCGCGUGUCCAGACACAAAUGGUGAGUACUUCUGGUUCAAGGUGGCGGCAGUGACAAACGCCGGAACGGGGAAAUUUAGUCCAGGGAGGCGGUAUCGCUGCGCUCCAAGACCGGAAAAACCGGAUGCGCCAACGAAGAUCGCAAGCAACCAGACUAGUGUGACUUUGGCGUAUGACCGCAAAAAUCUCUACAAGGGCGUCCACUUUGGGUACAACAUCUAUGUGGACGACGGCAUUCAGGGCGAUUUCCGCAAAAUUUCAGUGGACGAGACCUCAUUCAUAACAUAUCCAGUCACAGGACUGCAAGUUUCACUGCCCUACCGAUUCAAAGUUGCGAUUGUUACCGAAGUCGGCGAGAGUGACCAUUCCGACAUAAGCAUCUUCUAUCCUGGCGAUCUGCCUGCAGCGCCUACGGCGCCGCUUUACGUGAAUUCCACGAACAACACGAUAGCGGUGAGUUGGUUAAGCGGCAGCCAGUCGUUCUCGCAGUCUGGCGGCAACGCCUAUCUAAAUUGGGUACUGCAGGCGAGCUACUUCAAAAACUUGACGAGUACAACAGAUCAAAUAGGAAUCAACUGGACAGAGGGCCUACAGGUGGAGUUACCGUUCGUAGUCGGUACGAAUGUCUAUGAGUACGAAGUCGACUGCGCCACUCUGGUAUCGGGAGUAGACCUGACCACAGAAUUCGUCUACUUUCGAGCAGCGGCGGUAACUAAUGUUGGCCAAGGGGGUUGGUCACCCGAGGUAUACUCCAUUGCAGUUACUCUUUUUUCGCCAUUGCGUAACUCAAAUUAAUGAACUCUGUUGAUGUUGCUCUUUUUGAUCAUGAUGUGAAUACUUCAACACCAAUCAAACCGUCCACUACAACAGUCUCGCAUCCGGUGCACAUCUCGGCCUGAGGCACCAGCUAUUUUCGAGCCGGUUGGAAGCAGCAGUUCUGCAGGGGCGACGGUCGCCUGGUACGAAAAAAAUACGUUCGGCGCCACCGUUCUGGGAUUUGAGGUCUAUGCGAACGAUGGCUUGGGCAGUGAUCUGGAACUCGUGUCUUCAAUACUAGACUCGUCACAACGCAGUUUCACUUACGUCCCGCCACUGGGCAGCACGGUGGGGGACAGAUUUGGAGCGAAUGUGACGCAUAUCACCUACGGAGGCAUGCUCGUGAGUACGGAAACAUCGACCACAACGAAGAUCGGGAAUCGUCCGUUUCGCUUUCGUGUAGCAGUGGUGACUGACGUGGCCACCGGACCGAAAUCAGACGAGUUGACUGUGUAUAGCUGUGCGCCGCCAGUGCUCACAGCAGUGAAACCCUAUGUCGUCGCCGGCGUGUAUAACCUUACAGGAGACGGAAAGUUUUCGCUCACCUUAGGAUGGAACCCACCACAAAACGCCGGUGGUUGCACCAUUGCGGGUUUCCGAAUCGAGAAGGACGCCGUGUUCGAGCGGUAUGGAACAGAACUCAAGGAGGUGAAUCGAGCAGGAGAGAAUAUGACGCGCUUGGACCCAAUAGAAAUUGCCAGUGCGAACAACUAUUCUUUGAUCUACCCCGCCGAACCCGGUCCCGACCCGAAUGCCACUGCCGCGUACGUCAGCUACCAAGACGGCAACACGACGGUGUUCACCAACUACACGCAGUACGGCAAUUUGGAUCCGACAGUUUUCACCGCAACGUACGCAGACCCAGCAAUAAGGAAGGGCCGUGUGUACCGCUUCCGCGUGGUCGUUGUGACCCGAAAAGGUGAGUUCAACGGUCCCAUCACGGAGGUUGCAGCAGUUGGGGUUCCCAACAAAAUGACGGCGCCAGUCGCCAACUACGAGUUGAGCACCACGACCUCACUUUACCUUUCCUGGAGCGUGCCGGAGAGCAAUGGCGGCGUGGUUUUCGGGUACAACUUGUAUCGCAACGACGGCAACGGCACUGCAGUGAGCGUCAUGCCCGAUGCAACAUGUGGCAUGGAGAAAAAUGCAGCCCCACAAUUGUGCACAAUUACAGGCCUCACACCGGGGGAAGAGUAUCAAGUGCAGAUGUCCACAGUGAAUGAGGCUGGCGAAGGGGAGCGGAGCGAUCCAACAAUCUUCGUCGCGGCCAAGGUAGUGUCUGAAAAUACAAGGCAUGAUAAGUCCUUUGUACGUACUCAUAGUUUUUUCGAUUGCCUCGCUGAAUGAAUUACUUAUCCACUGCUAUCAACUGGACGAGCUUUUUCUGUAUUUCAGCAUUCCCAUUCCGGUUCCACAAUUGUCGUAAAAAUAGCGGUUGUUUGCAACAAUUAAGCCUUAAACCUGUACAAACACCAGGUACCUGGCGCUCCAAUCGAGCUCACAAUCACAGAGGCGAAGCACUUUCCGACGCCACAAAUGACAUUGACGUGGAAGUCUGGAACCGACGAGGGAGCCCAAAUUUUCGAUUACAUUUUGGCUAUCACGCGUGCCAACGAGGACAAUCCAGAGUACGUUUCGAUGGGUGGCACACGAGAGGCGGCUUGGAGACUCAUUAGUGCGCCUACCAAGACGCUCACGGCAGCAGAUUUUAGUACUCUGAGUUUCGGUGUCGCCGAUCACUUCCAGGUGAAGGUUCGGGGAGUGAAUUUGGUGGGAGAAGGAGCUUGGAGUGCGUAUACGACACCGACGAAGGUAGCGUUUGGAGUGACGAAGCCACAAGGCGUAGUCUUGUCUCAACCGGAAAAGCCGUUCGGCCUGCGGCGGCAUUCAGACCAAUUGGGUGUGCCGAAUGACACCAUAAAGAUGCAGUGGGACAAACUCGCUAUAACCAAUCAAGUUUUGAAUCGCGAGUUUGGAGGUGAUUAUGCAUCGAAUAUGACAUACCACUUGUACGGAGAUCGUGUCGACGGCUAUCAAAAUAUUUUAAUCGCGUCAUUCUCUCAUGCCGGCGAUGCUGCUGUAUACCAACACAGCGGCUCUCACCCGGUGUAUCCAGUCAGCCCAAGUCAGACCUGGUACUUGAUAAAUUCAGUUGUAUGUUGUCGAUGUUAUUUCUCCUAAACCUAAUCUACUACUAGUAGUAGUACUAACGACUUUUUUGGUAGCUCUAUUUGCAUAGACAAUGUCAGAUCUCCAGGUUGUGCAAUUUUUCUUCAAGUAAAAUAUAGGUACUACACGAUUCGCUCCGGUAACUCGGGUGGAUUUCUUUCGGAACCAAUAUUGCCGCCAAUCAAGAUGAUUUCCGCCUUUGUGCCCGGUCCACCACGGAACCUUCAGGCAAUCAUAACUAACCCUUUCCAGUCAUAUCUCACGUGGGAACCACCUGUAGACGACGGCGGCGACAGUCUGACAGAAUACCUGAUACGAAGCAGCCAAGGCAUAGCAUGGAACACCUAUGUGCCAGCUACGACACUAUUCCAGCAACUUUCAGGUCAGGCCAUCGGUUCCACGACGUACUACAUCGCAGCCGGCAACAACAUAGGAUUUGGAUCGGAAAUCCAAACGACCAUAAUCGUUACCAGCGUUCGAUAG